GAGAACAGUGUGAGUCCUUCUUCUGCAGCCAGAAUGAGUUUUCGUGUCUUCCUUGGGCUUUCCGUUAUGCUUAUUGCCUGCCACCUCACUGGUGCAACUAUCUUUGACCCCCUGAAUUUAAGCUGCAAAUGUGCCAGAGUCACCAGCACCUUCAUUCGUCCGGCACGAUAUGCAAGAGUUGAGAUAUUUCCAGCUGGGAUUGCCUGCAAAAAAUUGGAAAUCAUUCUUACCCUGAAGAACAAGCAGAAAAUCUGCCUUGAUUCCAAAGCCAAAUGGGUGAACAAUUUAUUGAGCAUGAUGGAAAAUGUGAAUGGACGCCAACGUUCAUCUUGAAAUGAAGUUUGGCCUUGAAAAUCCAAUGCAGCUGUGCCCCCUCGAUCCCCAAUGUGAACCUUCUCGCUUUUCUGCUGUGUGGAAUGUUGAUUGUGUCUAAUUUUUUCCUGAAAUGAUUGUUUAAGAGAGUUUUGGACUUUUGGAAAUCCGGAAACAAUGUGAACAGACAAGCUGGAGUCUGAAUCUGAAUUGUGUGUGAGAAUGACAAAGUUAUUAAAUAUUAAAUAGAUA